AUGCCUGAAGUCACUGACGACACGCCAAUCCACCUCACAGAGGUCGACAUCGACCUCGACGUGCAAGAGAUCCUCCUAGCGGCCUCGCAGCAUGACAUUCCCAAGCUGCGUCGCCUCCUUCGCACCCAGUCUACCCUGCCCGACGCAGCAAACGUCAAAGACACCGAGUCAGGCUUCUCACCUCUGCACUCUGCGAUCGCCGCCUGUGAGCCUGACAGCGACACGGAGGGCGCCCAGAACGGAGCCAAUGGUGCCGAAACCUCAGAGCUGAACCCAAAGGGUCUGGACAACGAGACUCUGAAGUCAGCCGUGGAGACAGUCAAGUUCCUUCUGCAGGAGGGUGCUAUCUGGAACGAUCUCGACAAGAACAAUGAGACACCCGGCUGUCUCGCUCGGCGCAUCGGAGCUCUCGAGUUGUACGGCCUGAUUGUUGACGCAGGUGUCCGCGCAGAGCUUCUAUUGAACCGCCUCGACGCGUACGAGGAGCUAUCCGACGAAGACGACGAAGAGAACGAGGAGAAGCAAGAGAACGACGAGAACCAGACCGAGACCAACGUCAACGCCAACAUAGCAACCGAAACCGAGACAGUACCCGAACUUGUCGACGCCACAACCACCAACCCAGGCGUGAACAACCCGCAGUACCUGGAAUCGCAGCUAAACAUCCAAAACGACCGCAUUCUAGACUCAGACCAGAACGGCGUAAUGAUGGCAUGGGAAAGCGACAUCAUGCGCAAAUCCGCAAAGGCACUUCUCCCAACCCCCGGCCUGAAAGUGCUGAAUAUCGGCCACGGCAUGGGCAUCGUUGAUGGAUUCUUCCAAGAACAGCAGCCUGCCUCACACCAUAUCAUUGAAGCGCAUGAUGACGUCGUUGCGGAGAUGAAGCGUCGUGGCUGGGAUUCUAAGCCUGGCGUUGUUAUUCACCAGGGUCGUUGGCAGGAUAUCCUUCCUGGGCUUGUUGCGUCUGGCGAGAUGUUUGAUGCUAUCUACUAUGAUACCUUCGCUGAGUCUUAUGGUGAUUUCCGGGAGUUUUUCUCUGAGCAGGUUAUUGGAUUGCUGGAGCAGGAGGGCCGUUGGGGAUUCUUUAAUGGUAUGGGUGCUGAUCGGCAGAUCUCGUAUGAUGUCUACCAGAAGGUGGCGGAGAUGGAUCUGUUUGAGGCUGGAUUUGAUGUGCAGUGGGAGGAGAUUGCGGUGCCAAAGUUGGAGGGUGAGUGGGAAGGUGUGCGGAGGGCAUAUUGGGUUGUGGAUGAUUAUAGAUUACCGCUGUGCAAGUUUAUGGAUUGA